CUACAGAGCCUUAGCUAAGAAAUCCAUUGGGAUUUAAUCUUUCCUUAAUUAGAGUUUGUUAGACUUAAAUCUCUUCAUUUUUUUCCUCUAUAUAAAUCCUUUUUUUCCCUUUUGAUUUCAAUUAGUCUAAUUGUAGCAGUUUCUCUAAUAGCUAUGGGGAUGAGUUUCAGACUUUUUCUCUUCUCUCUUCUUCUUUCUCAGUUAUCUAUUAUCUGUUUAGCUCAUCAACAUGGUCAUGGCCACCAUAGACAUGGACAUGGACAUGGCCAUGGUCAGCAAGUACAUGUUGCAGAUGGCCAUGGCCUUGAAGAACAAGUUACAGUGACAGUGGGAGGUGUUACUUCAAUUGCAGAAACUGAAGACAACUUCGUCUGUGCAACUUUGGAUUGGUGGCCUUCCUUCAAGUGCAACUAUGGCCAAUGUCCAUGGGGAAUGGCUGGUAUCCUUAAUCUGGAUUUAAAUAACAAAAUUCUCAAAAAUGCUAUCAAAGCUUUCAAUCCUUUGAGGAUCAGAGUUGGAGGGUCAAUGCAAGAUCAGAUCUUGUACAAGGUAGGAAACUUUUCAAAGUGUCCCCAUGUCAAGAAUGACACCAAUGGCUUGUUUGGAUUCUCCAAAGGUUGCCUCACCAUGGAGAGAUGGGAUCAGCUCAAUAACCUUUUCACCCAGACAGGAUCCAAAAUAACUUUUGGGUUGAAUGCACUCUUUGGAAGAAGAAAGCUAACUGCUGAUGGUCUCUAUGGAGGCAACUGGAACCCUAGCAAUGCUCGCGAUUUGAUCAAGCACACCAUCUCCAAGGGAUACAAUGUUGAUUCAUGGGAGUUAGGAAACGAGCUUAGCGCAGGAGGAGUAGCUGCAAGAGUAAAUGCUGAUCAAUAUGGAAGAGACAUGAUCAUCCUUAGAAAUCUCGUCGACGAAUUAUACAAGAAUGCAACUACAAAGCCAAGGAUAAUGGGACCAGGAGGAUUCUAUGAUGGAACAUGGUUCAAAACCUUACUUCAGGUUUCAGGUCCUAAUGUGGUUGAUGUAGUAACUCACCAUAUCUACAAUCUUGGUCCAGGUAAAGAUUUAAAUCUGAUCUACAAAAUCCAAGACCCAUUUUUUCUUAAUCAAGUAGCUCAGACAUACAAAGACAUUAAGCAAACUACCCAGAGUUUUGGUCCCUGGGCAUCUGUUUGGGUUGGGGAGUCAGGUGGAGCAUACAACAGUGGGGGCAAAUAUGUGUCCCAUACCUUUGUUAACAGCUUCUGGUACUUAGAUCAGCUUGGUAUGACAUCGACCUUCAACCACAAGGCUUUCUGCAGACAAACCUUGAUCGGUGGCAACUACGGUCUCCUUAAUACCACAACUUUCAUCCCCAACCCAGAUUAUUAUGGUGCUCUUCUUUGGCACCGAUUAAUGGGACCAAAGGUUCUCUCAACAAACCACAUUGGCUCUCCAUACUUGCGUGCAUACUCCCAUUGUUCAAGGACAAAGGGAAUUGCUAUACUUCUAAUCAAUAUGUCAAAUUCUACCAGCUUCAGUGUCUCAGUGGCUAAUGACCUAAACUUGCAUCCUGAAUCAGAAAGCAAGUCUGUUGAAAAGUCUUACAGAGAAGAGUACCAUUUGACCCCUAAAGAUGGUAAUAUCCAGAGUGAUGUGUUACUACUGAAUGGGUCUCCCUUGGUGCUCAGUAAAUCCUUGGAUAUUCCACCACUAAAUCCUAUUAAGGUUGAUGCUUCAGCUCCUAUCAAGAUUGUUGCUGAUUCGAUCGUCUUUGCAACUCUGCCAGACUUCCAGGCUCCUGCCUGUGUCAAGAAUUGAAGAGUAACGCCGCGUGGUGUUAUGGGUGCACCCACCCAAUUUUACCAUUGUGAUUUCCUUCUCUUUUCUUUUCCAUUUUUCCCCUUCUUAUUUUGGUGUGUGUGUACAAGAAAUACUCUCAUUAAAUUUAAUGGUCAGUUUGCUCUUUGUUAUCA